GCAUUUCUUGACCGACACUUUGGUCCCCCUUCCGGAAAGACUGGAUACCUACAUUCCAUCAAUUCUCCUAUUCCGACAUCAUGUCAGGUACCAUGUAUGAUGACCAAGCUUAUGCACCCUCGCGUCGUCAUUCACUCGCAACUCCUCCCCAGUCCAUGAAUCCGCGACAAAGUCGGACGCGCAGUCAGAGCGUCAGAGUCAGCAACGGCACCGUCAGCACAAACACCAGUGUUUCCAGCGGAAGGAUGUCCGAAGCCACGAAUAUCACGCAGCCUCCGGCAUAUUCCAAAAAGUUUGUGGUGGUGGGCGAUGGCGGCUGCGGAAAAACCUGUCUCUUGAUUAGUUAUUCGCAAGGUUAUUUCCCGGAGAAAUAUGUUCCUACAGUGUUCGAGAACUACAUCACACAAACAACUCAUCGGGCUUCCGGAAAGACGGUCGAGCUCGCUCUCUGGGACACUGCUGGCCAGGAAGAAUAUGAUCGUCUACGUCCAUUGUCGUAUCCAGAGACGGAUCUCCUGUUUGUUUGCUUUGCGAUCGACUGCCCCGCCUCGCUAGAGAAUGUGAUGGAUAAGUGGUACCCCGAGGUCUUGCAUUUCUGUCCAACUACCCCGCUUAUUCUAGUGGGCUUGAAGUCGGAUCUGCGCAAUAAGAGAACAUGCAUCGAGCUGCUCAAAACCCAGGGUCUAACGCCGGUAACGCCCGAACAAGGCGAAGCAGUGGCGCGUCGUAUGAACGCCUCGUACGUGGAAUGCAGUAGCAAGGAGAUGCGCGGUGUUGACGGCGUAUUCGGGCUUGCAGUAGAUAUUGUGGUCUCCGCCGAAGAACAAGACUACAAUGAACGUCAGACGUCCAGCACUGGCAGCAAACCCCGAGUCGGUGCCGGCGGCGGCGGCGGCGGCGGAAAAAAGGUCAAGAAGCGCAGCUGCAAAAUCCUGUAAUGGUUGGCUCGUUCUAUCUCUCUACUGACUCCCAGACUGCCACUGCUAAAUUGUCAUACACCCUGACCACCCCAGCUUUUCAUUUCUCCUUUCACGCUCAUGCCACACACAAGCCUGGUUGCUUGACGGCUUCACCGACUCUUUUCACAUGUGAUACGAAAUAGCAAAGCGAGAUGGACCCGGCCAUGAUCGGCACCCUCCGCUUGACUUUUUGAUGUUGGUUCUCAGUCCACUUGGGCUAGUAUCUGUUUCUUGAAAUUUGCCGGCGGCUUUCUGUUUAUCCAAUAGCCUCUUACGUUGUUAUACCUUUGGCCUUGAUGAUUUUUUCCCCCUUAAACUACGAUUGUCUCAAUCAUC